AAGGCCUUUUGGCCGAUGAUUUUUAUGAUGGAAGUGAAUCGCCAGGUAGCGAACUUCUUUAUGAUACCGACGAUGUCGGAAGCAUGGGCAGAGCUGUUGGUAGUGUGCCUACUACUGCCGGCAAGGGACAAGAUACAAUUCCCAUGAUCGCCGCAAAAUUUGCCAUGCCCUCGGGGAUUGGUGCCCCCUUACAUGACGACAUAGCUCAAUCUAUGACUUAUUUGAUGAGCAACAAACUGGAAGAAAAAUCUCUGGAUGAGGCGGCUGAGAAAUAUCUUUCCCCCGAAAACUGUGAAUUGCUUGACACUCCAAGAGUGAACACAAUUAUUUGGGAAAACUUGCGUUCAGCAACUAGAAAUAAAGAUCUGAAAAUUCAGUACAUCCAGAAGUCAUUAACCAAAGGCUUGUGUGCUUUCGCACGAUCUCUGAACCCGGCUACGAUGACCGAGGAGCAGCAUGAUGCAUUGGCGCUGCUGUGUAAUGCCAAUUACGGCCUAAAUUCCAUGAGGAAGAAUUUGAUCAAACCGGAUCUCAACCCUCUUUUUCAUCAUCUGUGCCGGCCAACUUACCCAGUUACCAAACACUUGUUUGGCGAGGAUCUGGGGCGCCAGGUUAAAGAACUGCAAGAACAGCAAAAAGCCACGGCAGGUGUUAUGAACACGAGAAACCAGCCUCAAGACAGGCAUCAACGCUCAUAUCAUCCUUAUCGCAAGGUUACAGACUAUGCCAAGCACACCAUGAAACGAGCUGGCUGGUUCCCCAAUCGAGAUCAAGGCAAUUCGUCAUCCCGUAUGUAUGGGAACUCAGAGCGCCCUUUUUUAGGGCAGCGCCAGAAUUCCAACUUCAAGAAAGGGAAUUCAAAACAGCAGGCAUCACACACCUACACCCCAACAGCAGCCAACAGGGGCAAACAAUCGUACCAUCGCAAGAAGUAGUCGAGGGAAAUUCCCCUUCAGGCUCAAGCACUCAAGAGGCUUGGCGUGCACACUGUGACCUACAUGGAUUAACAGAGAGAACUACAGACAUUAUUGGUGCAUCAUGGAGAGAAUCAACAAAGAAACAAUACAACAUUUACAUCUCCAAGUGGAAAAUUUUCUGCGAACAGCACAAACUUCCAUGGAUGCAGGCUAAAGCUAAGGAUAUUUUAGAGUUUUUCAGUGACCUUUUUUACAGACAUAAUGCUAGCUAUAGUGCUAUCAAUACAGCAAGGAGUGCCCUGGCAUCAGUCAUGAGUUUGGAUGAUAGCAACUAUACGAUUGGUUCACAUCCUAUCAUAAGCAAGUACAUGAAAGGUGUUUUCCAGCUAAGAACUCCAACCCCACGCUAUGCUCAGGUUUGGGACGUCAGUAUUGUAUUGGAUUACCUUCGUCUUCAACCAGCUAAUGAUAAGCUUCCUUUGUGUAAAUUGACUCAAAAAUUGAGCAUGUUACUUGCGCUUACUUCAGCACAAAGAGUACAAACUCUUUGGAACCUUAAUUUGGACAAGAUGUGUUUGAAGACGGACUCGGUGGAAUUCCACGUUGAUAGCCUGCUUAAGCAGAGUAAACCAGGAAAUGUUGGUAUAAUGGUGAAGAUAUCAGCAUUCCCAGAGGAUGAACGGCUUUGUGCCGUACAUUGCAUUGAACAA